GUGCCCUGGAUGGCCCUGCGCACUGGGACGGCUUGGUUUGGGCAGGUCCUGCGCAGAGUUUCCCGGCUCCAGGGCACCUGGUCUCGGCGCUCCAGCAGCCUCCUGUGCCUCUCCUCCUCCCAGGAGCCCGAGCAGGCGGGCGGAGAGCGGCCGCCGCCGCAGCGCAAGCUGCCCCGGAGCGGCGGCGGCAGCGGCGGCGGCGGGCGCCGCCAGCCCCCCCGGCAGCUGCCCCCCUGCUGCGGCUGCUGCGGCCUGUCGGAUCCCCGGGCGGCCAGGGGGGGACAUGGUCCCCUCACUCGCCCCUUGCUGGCGGCCAUGAAGAGGCAGAACGUGCGGACCCUGUCCCUCAUCAUCUGCACGUUCACCUACCUGCUGGUCGGGGCCGCCGUCUUUGAUGCCCUGGAGUCCGACAACGAGAUGCGGGAGGAGGAGAAACUCAAAGCCGAGGAGAUCCGGCUCAAAGGAAAGUACAACAUCACCAGCGAGGACUACCGGCAGCUGGAGUUGGUGAUCAUGCAGUCCGAGCCGCACCGGGCCGGCGUCCAGUGGAAAUUUGCCGGCUCCUUCUACUUUGCCAUCACGGUCAUCACGACCAUCGGUUAUGGACACGCUGCCCCAGGGACAGAUGCGGGGAAGGCCUUUUGCAUGUUCUAUGCGGUCCUGGGGAUCCCACUGACACUCGUCAUGUUCCAGAGCUUGGGCGAGCGCAUGAACACCUUUGUCAAGUACCUCUUGAAACGCAUCAAAAAGUGCUGUGGGAUGAGGAGCACUGAGGUCUCCAUGGAAAACAUGGUCACUGUGGGUUUCUUCUCCUGCAUGGGAACACUCUGCAUUGGAGCAGCAGCCUUUUCCCAGUACGAGGAAUGGAGCUUUUUCCAUGCUUACUAUUACUGCUUUAUAACAUUGACUACGAUAGGGUUUGGAGACUAUGUGGCCCUGCAGACCAAAGGGGCCCUUCAAAAGAAGCCUCUCUACGUGGCUUUUAGCUUUAUGUACAUUCUAGUGGGGUUGACAGUCAUUGGGGCAUUUCUAAAUCUGGUUGUUCUCAGGUUCUUAACCAUGAACAGCGAGGACGAGAGGCGGGAUGCCGAGGAACGGGCAUCCCUCGCCGGGAACCGCAACAGCAUGAUUAUCCACAUCCAAGAGGACUCCCAGCGUGGUCGGCCGCGGUACAAGGCCGAAGUAACAGACCUUCAGUCAGUUUGUUCCUGCAUGUGUUACAGGUCCCAUGAGUACACCAGCCGGGUGGUGUCCCACCAAAAUUCGUUCAGCUCUAAGCUGAACCCCCAGUACUUUCACUCCAUCUCUUACAAGAUCGAGGAGAUCUCGCCAAGCACAUUAAAAAACAGCCUUUUCCCAUCUCCUGUCAGCUCCAUCUCACCUGGGUUGCACAGCUUUACAGAUAACCACAGGCUGAUGAAAAGGCGAAAGUCCAUUUAAAGGGAUUUGUCUUCUUUUGCUUUCCUUGUUUUCCCCAGUUCUUCUCCGUUGUUUUGGUUUUUUUGUUCCUUGAGUGAGACGGAGCGAGGCCAAAGGGAGUAGAGAAAGCCAGUCCUCCUCUGAGACUCAGCUCUUGAGCAUGAAGCAUGGAUUAUUACUGUUCCAGCAAAGUAUGCCUUACAUUACCCCCUCGGUGGAUGUCAGAGGAUUCAAGGUGACGUGAAGUGGGUACCAAAUCCAAAGUUGCACACACAGCUGGGAGCCUUCAUGUGCCACUGGCACUCCUGACCUAAUAAACUAUUUUCCUCACGAGCAGGUUGCAGCGUGCGUGCGUGCUUGUGUGUGUGUUGGGUGUGUGUGCGUGUGUGCGCGCGUGCAAUUCCACAACUAGUGCCAUGUGACAAAAAUUAAAGCAUCAGGUAUCAUUUUUUUUCCCUUGAAGCAAUUGUG